AUGUCGGCCCUGAUGGUAUCACUGGCUACUCGACAAGGCUAUCAUGGUUCGCCCAGCGUCUCUCGUCCCCCCAAAGAAUCUCCAAGCACCCCAAUCAAGACAGGCAGGGUGAUUGAUGCAAGGGUUUUCUUCGAUCUUUUCGCAGGAACCAUUGGCAUCUUCGUACUGGCAGUCCUGUUCUGGAAGGCUGGCCGUUUCACCAGACGAUUCAACCGAAACAAGGUGGUGGAGGGUAGGAGGUCCGUCAACACUCGUUAUGCUCGCACAUGGUAUGGCUGGGUAUCGUGA